UUGGAUGAGAGCAGCAGAGAAUACGCUAGCUGUCUUGGCUAACCGUCAGAGCGGACUGAUUACCGACUGUUUGUCCGGUGAAACAUGAAUUUAACGGCUUCAGUCCGAUGAGUUGACAGCCGGCACACAGCCGUUAGUUUGGACUUUAGUACCAGAUGGAUUUAAACACGGAAAGCCGGUCUCCCAGAGAGGAGCACGAGCUGGAAGACGGAGAGAUCUGCGAUGAUGAAACCGAGGAGAGUGUGCCUCUCCGGCGGGGGGAUGGUAACGGGAGCAGGCCCGCUCGCGGACGGGGCCGUGGCGCUUCUCAACGGCCCCGAAAACCUCACCAACGGCCGCACAACAUGCUGCCACACAUGGGCCACCCACCGCCAGACUUCAGACACCUGAUGCCACCGUACAACCGCGGACCUCACGCGCACGAGCCGUUCCCCCUGAGCCACCGGCAGCAGUGCGGGCCGAGCGGGCCCGAGCGGCCUCCCGCCGUCUCCAACACGCCGCCGGGGCCCCACGGAGCCCCGAACCCGAGGACCAGCUUCUGGGAGCGGAGCCACGGCGCCCUGGGCCGGUUCCGACACCGGGCCAUGCCGAACGGUGGCCGCGGGGGAUGGAGCCGAGGUGGAAACAGCCGAGGUCCCCCCGGCGGUCGUUACGGGCCCGCAGAGAGUCACAGUAACAAGAAGGACUCUCCCUUGAGGAAACAGAAGCCGGUGGGGAGGAACCCGGGCAGGAAACCCGCUCACAGUGUUUCUAAACCAGACCACAGUGUUGACGAGUCCUUCGAGGACCUUCUGUCCAAGUAUAAGCAGAUCCAGCUGGAGCUGGAGUGCAUCCGCAAAGAGGAGACCCUGGCUCUGGAGCCCAAAGGGGACCAGAAGCCAGACCCUCCUGCCAGUGUUACAGACACCAGACCAGACCCAGAGCCUCAGGGUCUGGGUCAGACUCAGGGUCCUGCUCAUAGUCCUGCUCAGAGUCUGGGUCCUGCUCAGAGUCUGGGUCCUGCUCAGAGUCUGGGUCCUGCUCAGAGUCUGGGUCCUGCUCAGGGUCUGGGUCCUGCUCAGACUCAGGGUCCAGAUGCAGCUGCAGAGGCAGCGUCCCAGCAGGAGGAAACGGAGAAGAAAGUGUUCCAGGCGUUCAACAUCAAACCUCUGCGCCUGAAGCUGCCGCCGCCUGCCAGCCUGGACGAGCUGAGGACCGGCGAGGACGAGAGAGGAGCCGCAGACGGGCACGCAGGUGAAGAAGAAGAAGAAGAAGCAGCGGCUGCAGAGACAGAAGCUAAAGCUGAAGAAGAGUUGUUGUCGGAGGAGAAGAAGAAGACGGCGUGCGUGUGCUGCGGCGGAGAGGAAACAGACGGAGAAGAGAGAACUAAACGCUGUCUCUGUCGGAGAGAGUCAUCGGCCUCCAGCGAGGACUCGGUCCUCUCUCCUGACAAGGUGAGACACACGGUCCCCACAACGCACACUAAAUUACCCCCCCUCUGUACCAGCAGGCAGAGAGUCACCACCAGGUCUGCAUCUGCCGCUGCUGCUGCCUCGGCCGCUGCAGACCGGAGCAGAACCAGGUCCAAAGCUCUGGACAAGGAUCGGGAUCGGAGCAAGACCGGGCCCAGAGCUGCAGACCGGGACCGGCCCAAAGCCAGCCCUAAACCAGGCCCCAAGGCCCCGCCGGAGAGACGCAGCGCUGCCAAGAAGAUGAUCAGUCCCGGCUCGGCAGCCAAGCAGGCCUUCAGGAAGCAGCAGCUGAGGACGUGGAAGCUGCAGCAGCAGAGGGAGCAGGAGGAGAAACGCCGACAGGAAGAGGAGGAGCGCCGCAAACGAGAGGACGAGAUCAGACGCAUCCGAGACCUGUCCAAUCAGGACGAGCAGUACAACCGCUUCAUGAAGCUGGUGGGAGGCAAGGCCAGGACGCGCAGCAAGGUGACACUCCAACCAUCUUCCUUUAAUACCUCGGGGAAACCAGCUUACAACUACGACGAGGUCGCCAUGGACACGGACAGUGAGACGGGCUCGCCAGUGUCGUCUCCGAGUCACAGCGCUCUGCCUCCAGACGACCUGGCAGCGUUCCCUCGCCUGGCGCUGUACGGCGCUGACUGCCCUCCGUUAGGACUGGACUUGUGUCAACCGUUCCUCCCCCCCCUGCUCCACCCCCCUCCCCCCCCUCUCCCCCCUCCCCCUGACGAGGCGGAGCCUCCGCCCAAACCGCCCUUCGCUGACGAGGAAGAGGAGGAGGAGAUGCUGCUCCGAGAGACCUGCCUCAUGUCCAUGGCCAACAAGAGAGUGGCUGCUCCAGAGGACCAGAUCUCCAGCAGCCCUGCGUCUCCCAGCUGUCCGACUGCUGCAGCCGUCCAGCAGCCAAUCAGAGGGAACCUCAGCGCCGUCAGUCUGAACGCUGCCGCUCCGUCACGCAGCAACAAGUUCAGCAGAGGACACCACGCUGCCAGGGCGCCGCUGGUGCUGCCUCGACACAAGUCGGUCGUGGUUUCUCUCAACGACUCGGAGGACAGCGACUCGGACGGGGACGCCUGCAGCUCCACGCCGCCGACCUUCGGAGGGCUGGAGUUCAUGAUCAAAGAGGCUCGGAGGACCGUGGAGGCGGCGAAGCCGAAAGCAGCCUCGGCCUCUGAGAAGGAGAACAACCCGGUCCGAACUCCAGAGGCUCUGCCUGAAGCCAAGAGAGCAGAGUACAGGCUGCUCAAAGAGGAGAUCGCCAGCCGGGAGAAGCAGAAGAUGUUGAAGGAUCCUCGCAGCUCUGUCUCUGCUGCCGUCUCCGACUCGCCGCUGGACUCUGCAGCCAAAGCCGCCGCCGAGCUGAAGCUCACUGAGGCCGAACAGAGAGUCCUCAGACACAGGGAGUCCUCAGACACAGGUGAGACACUCAGGGAGUCCUCAGACACAGGUGAGACACUAGAGUCCUCAGACACAGGUGAGACACUCAGGGAGUCCUCAGACACAGGUGAGACACUCAGGGAGUCCUCAGACACAGGUGAGACACUCAGGGAGUCCUCAGACACAGGUGAGACACUCAGGGAGUCCUCAGACACAGGUGAGACACUCAGGGAGUCCUCAGACACAGGUGAGACACUAGAGUCCUCAGACACAGGUGAGACACUAGAGUCCUCAGACACAGGGGAGACACUCAGGGAGUCCUCAGACACAGGGGAGACACUCAGGGAGUCCUCAGACACAGGUGAGACACUCAGGGAGUCCUCAGACACAGGUGAGACACUCAGGGAGUCCUCAGACACAGGGGAGACACUCAGGGAGUCCUCAGACACAGGGGAGACACUCAGGGAGUCCUCAGGCACAGGUGAGACACUCAGAGAGUCCUCAGGCACAGGGGAGACACUCAGGAAGUCCUCAGACACAGGGGAGACACUCAGGAGUCCUCAGACACAGAAUGGAAUGGAAAUGGAUGGACCGAUGUCCCAGAAGCAGCGUCUGCAGCAGCUGGAGUCGGAGUACGCUCUGAAGAUCCAGAAGCUGAAGGAGGCUCAGGCUCUGCACAACCGAGCCGGCACCGCCGUGGCGGCGGAGGCAGCAGCGCGGGCCUCCCCCCCGCUGCUGCCUCCCGCUGCUGCUGGGGAGCCUCAGAGCCAGGCUCCGCCCACCUCGCCCUCCUUCCCGCUGCCGCAGCCCUCCCUGCACGACCUCACGCAGGACAAACUCACGCUGGACAGCGAGGACCUCCCCGAGGGCGAGGACUCGGAGCCAGCGCCCGCCGCUGUCCAAGGAGCUCGCAGGAACUCUCUGCGCCAGUCCAGCGUCUCCUUCACCAAACCGCACCUGGAGCAGCUGGGCGCCACGCCGGCUAAAGACGCCAAACCAGCCAACAGCUCCGCCAACAACCUGGCCGACAAACCGGCCAACAACCUGGCCGACAAACCGGCCAACAACCCCGCCAACAAGCCGGGCGGCAGCCCCGCCAGCCAGACGGCCAGCGCUGCAGGCGGCGUGCCGGAGCCCGCCGAGGUGUUGGCCGGGCUGGACGUGGACGCUCUGAAGCAGCGCUACCAGCAGCAGGCGCGGCUCGGAGAGCUGCUGCAGAGCGAGCUGCACACGGUGGGGGAGCCACUCCUCGCCACCGUGGGGGAGCCGCUCCACGCCACCGCUGCCACCGGGACGGCAGUCUCAGUGGACGUGGACACAGCUACGAGCCAAUCAGGGAUGUCUGAUCUGAGGCCCGUCCCCUUUGGGUCCUAUCACAGUCCUCUGCUGGUCUUCAAGUCCUACAGGUUCAGUCCGUACUACAGGACAAAGGAGAAGCUGUCUCUGAGCUCCGUUACCCAUAGCAACACCAUUGAACCCAGGAAGUGUUUCUGUCGCUUUGACCUGACGGGGACCUGCAACGAUGACGACUGCAGAUGGCAGCACAUGAGGAACUGCACCCUGACAGGAAACCAGCUGUUCCAGGACAUCCUGUCCUACAACCUGUCCCUGAUUGGCUGCUCUGAGUCCAGCUCAUACGACGACGUCAGCGUCUGCACAGAGACGUACAUGAAGAAGCUGUUUGGGACCAACAAAGACCGUAUGGGCGUGGACCAGAAGGCCGUCCUCCUCGUCAGCAAAGUCAACGAAAGCAAACGCCACGUCCCUCCGUUCACCACGUGGAAAGACCCGAGGCGGUGGCGGCCGAAGCCGGCCGCGCCGAGCGGCGUGCGUCCCGAGGACGACAGCGAGGACGAGUCUGCAGGAGGACCGCUGACGGCCGGGAGACACGAUGGUGUCUCCAGGACCAGCCUGUCUGCGCUGGACGUCUGCGUCACAUCGGAGGACAAACGCUACUUCAUCAGCGAGACGGAUGACAUCUCCAACCUGGAGACCAGCGUCCUGGAGAGUCCCCGAGACACGCAGCUGUGGAUCAAACUCGCCUUCAAGUACCUCAAUCAGAACGAGACGUCUGCAGCGGAGUGCUUGGAGGCGGCGCUGAACACGCUGUCCCGCGCCCUGGAGAGUAACUGUGAUAACCCCGAGGUGUGGAGCCACUACCUGUCUCUGUUCUCGCGGCGGGGCAGCCGCGAGGAGGUGCAGGAGAUGUGUGAGAUGGCCGUGGAGCACGCGCCCGACUACCAAGUCUGGUGGAACUAUCUGAAGCUGGAGAGCUCCUUCGAGGGGAAGGACUACGUGUGCGAGCGUCUGCUGCACUUCCUGCUCUCUGAAGCGUCUUCUGGCGUCUCCGACAAACUGUCCUUCCAGCUGAUGGAGGCGCUGCUCUACAGAGUCCACCUCAAUCUGUUCACCGGGCGCAUGGACAGCGCUCUGGCUCUGCUGCAGAACGCCUUGAAGUCGGCCCAGGAGCGCAGCGUGGCGGACCACCUGACGCUGAGCGACCGGGCGCUGCUCUGGCUCGCCUACAUCCACCUGACGGAGUUUGAGCGGCUGCCCUGCAGCCUGCAGGACCCGGCCGAGUCGGGCCCGUCCCGCCUGGUCAGCAGAGAGACCUUCCUGCUGCCCUGGAGGACGCCACAGGACGUCCGCACGCCGCCAGACAUCCUCAUCGCUCUCUUCCAAGAUGGCGUGCGUCAGUGCAGCGAUGAGUCUGUGUCUGCGAGCGAGAGGACGCUGGCCUGUCUUCCUCUUCACACCAACCUCAUCUUCCUCAACACGCUGCUGGACAGGUUUGAUGAGGGUGUGUCUCUGUGUGAGUCUCUGCUGCGGUUCUGUCCCGAGUCGUGCGCUCUGAGAGACGCUCUGGCUGAGCUCCACAUCAGGAGGGGCGAGACGGACCAGGCCGUCAGCAUGUGGCUCCACGCUCUGGCAGAGUGUCCCAACAACGCCGAGGUCUUCUAUCACUCCGCCAAGUUCCUCAUGGCUCAGGACAAGUCGAGCGCCAUCACUCCUCUGUUCCGAGGAUUCAUCCUGUCGCUGUGCGAUGACCAGCAGAGUCAGAAGAAGCCUGUGGACGUCCUGCGACACAUGCUGGGCUUCUCCACCGAGGAUCUGCUGAGACGGCCAAUCAUCAGGGAGCUGCAGGAGACGCUGAGCCAGCAGACACCUUACCUCCACCUCAUCCACUGUCGCUGGCAGUGGCUGCACGGCUCGGUGGAGGACGCGGUGGACGCCUUUGAGAGAGCGCUGGGGUCGGCCAUGCAGCGGGACGAGCUGCACAAACUCUGGAUGGAUUACCUGGUGUUCAGCAGCAGUCACUCCAAACUGUUCUCAGAUCUGGUCCAGCGCUGUCUCAGCACCGUCCCGUCCCGUCUCGAGGUCCCCUUCAACCCGGCAGAGUUCUGGAGCUGCUACAGCUUCCACAACAAGGUGGUGACUCUCUACCUCACCUGUCUGCCGCAGUCCCAGCAUGCACUUGUUCUGGAGAGACUGAGAUACGCCAUGCCCAACAACAUUGAACUGGGUCUGAGGUUGCUGCAUCAGGAGUGGCAGGACGGGAACAUCGAACACCUCAAGUUCCAGGUGCGGAUGCUGAGCAGUCACGCUCCCAGGUGUUUGGCCAACUGGAAGAUAGCGAUCGCUGUGGAGAGGGAGCUCAACGACUCGUCUGAGGUUCGCCUCCUGUAUCAGCAGGCUCUCCACAACCUCCCACUGUGUGCUGCCCUGUGGAAACAUGUAAUUUAAUCUCUCACACACACACACACACACACACACACACACACACACACAC